GCUGGGCGACAAGAGAGAAGCCUCAAGAAGGGCUCUGGAGGAGGAGCCUGGGCGGAGUGCCAGCUUUGAUUGGCCAAAAGGUCACGCUCCUCUCUACCCCUCACCUCGCUUGCCAAUAGGCGCCGGUCCUGCUGUGCACAUGCGCAGGAUUCGAAGGUACCGUCCGUCUCGGCCAUUGGUGAGUCUUAGGGCCUGGAUGCAAAAGAAAGGCGGCUGCUGGUGAGAGGAGGGAGCCACCCGAAACCCUGAGACUCCGCAGAUUCCUCCGGAGGAACGUGGCGCCUCUCAGUCGUGAGAGGCCUCCGAAAAGGAGCAUCGGCUGUCAGAGGCCGCCCCUGUCCUUCCUUGUUGAGGCUCAUGGAAAACGUAGUCCGAGGGGAGGGGGCGGUGCCUUCGGAGCGGACCCGUGAUUGGCCAGGGCGGCGUCGCCAGGGCAACGCGCGAGGGGCAGGCGGGUGAGUCCCGCGAGAGGCGGGCUGGGCGGUGUGGGGGCACUUACCCCAAAAGGCCUCCCGUGGCUGAGGUGAGCGUGGGUCUGGUUGGGUGGGCGUGGCCUUUUCCGCUACCUCCCGACGUGCCCUGAGCGUCCCGCCUCCUAGCCUUCGCCCGGGUCCCUUCCUCCCACCCGGACCUCCGUUCCCCUCCAUCGGGAAGACCUCCUGCUUCCCGUCCCUCUUUGGAAGGCGGACUCCGGGAGUCAGGCCUGGUCCAGCCUGUCAAACUGGUCCCCUGUGGGCGUAUCCACUCCAGACCCUCCGCAGGGCCGGGACACAGCUGCCCACCGACAGCUCCACACGACUCGUGGCUCUGUUUUGCUUUGCUCUUGCUUUUAACUUAUAGGGUCCAGACGGUGUGAGCCGUGUACAGCUCGCCGUGGUCAGCGAGCACGGUGUCUCGGGGUCCACAUCAGCCCCUGCAUCGACCCAUGGCGCAGGCCAGCCUCUCAGGGUGCCCCCCUUGAGUCAACGUGUCCUAGAGAUAGUGGGGACGGGCAGCCUGGCCCCAGUGCUCUCCCUGGAUGGCGGCCCCACAGCCUCCCUGACUGCCCACUCUCUGCUGCAGAGGCACUUUCCGGGGCUCCUCAGCCUGACUCUGGGAGCCUGUGAAAACUCUUUGCCUCCCUCUCCAUCAUCUCCCAACAGUUCCCUGCUGUUUCCUGGAAACUUCAUCAGACAACUUGCCUCCAAGCGUUGGUUCACAGGCUUCCUCCUUUUUUUUUUUUUUUGGAGGGGGGAGUUAAUUAGGUUUAUUUAUUUUUUGGAGGAGGUAUUGGGGAUUGAACCCAGAACCUCAUAGCAUGCUAAGCUAUGCUAAGCAUGGGCUCUACCACUUGAACUAUACCCUCCCCCCACAAUCUUCCUUCUGUUCUCAGUUGCAGCUCCUGUGAUCCACCCUCCAUGAAGCUUUCCCCACCUCAGCCUCACACAUCCUCUGUGUGUGUUGUGGCCUCAGCUCCCUGGGCUGUGGCCUGUGGCUGGCACCCUGACCCCUCUUUUCCUGCAGGACCCUUUAGUGGCUCCAAGAAGAAUCUGGGCACAACGAUGCCGUCCCCACUGGGCCCCCCACGCCUGCCCUCUGUUGACCCUGCGGCCACCCUGGAGGAGCCUGAAGCAGCACGCCAGCGGUUCAGGGGCUUCUGCUACCAGGAGGUGGCUGGUCCUAGUGAGGCCCUGGCCCAGCUGCGGGAGCUGUGCCACCAGUGGCUGCGGCCCGAGGUGCACUCCAAGGAGCAGAUGCUGGAGCUGCUGGUGCUGGAGCAGUUCCUGGGCGCGCUGCCACCUGAGAUCCAGGCCUGGGUGCGGGGCCAGCGGCCAAACAGCCCUGAAGAGGCUGCUGCCCUGGUCGAGGGGCUGCAGCAUGACCCUGGGCAGCUGCUGGGCUGGAUUACAGCACAUGUUCUGAAGCAAGGGGAGGUCCCGGCAGCACAGAAGACAGAUGAGUCUGUGGGGAGCAACCCCCCUUCAGGAACAGUGGAGCCUCUUAGGGCAGCCUCUAGGGAGGGGUCAGAGGAUGCCCAGAUGGAGGAGACUUCCCAGCUCAGCUGCAGCGUGAAGGAGGAGCCUGAUGGCUAUGGGCAGGAGAUGGCACUCUCCUGCUCCCCAAAUCCAGCCCAGACCCGCGAGGGAUACCCUGAACAACAGGAACUGGCCUCUGCACCCUUUCACCCACCCAGGAUUCAGGAGGAGUGGGGGCUCCUGGACCCCUCACAGAAGGAGCUGUACUGGGACGCCAUGCUGGAGAAGUACGGCACGGUGGUCUCUCUGGGGUUGCCCCGCCCCCGGGCGGAGGUGGAGCGGGAGGCGCUGAGCGCGGGAACCGAGGGCCACAAAAGCCUCCAUCUGGGCGGUGACAGCGAGGCUCCGAGCUUCCGAGGCCCGCGCCCCUGGCCUCUGGUCAUCCACCGCAAGGGCCACGCCGGCCAGCGGCGCCACUGCUGCGGCGACUGCGGCCGCAGCUUCGAUUGGAAGUCCCAACUGGUCAUCCACCGCAAGGGCCACCGGCCCGAGGCCCUGUGAGCUCUGGAGAGGCUGCCCACGCCUGGGGCCCCGGUUCUAGUGCUCGGUGACUCCGCAUCGGUCCGGGAGACUUGGACCCACAGAGGACCCUGGAGUGAGUCAGAGCCCCAGGAGGGUCCCCUGCUCCCUCCUCGCCUCCCCCCCCCACCUUUCCGAGUGGUGGCUCCCCACCUGUGACCUGAGGCAGGUGACCACUCUCCCCAGCCCUGGGACCAGUUGGCUCUGGUGAGGAGGCCCCUUCCUGCCCUCCUGUGGCAGCUGGGCCUGAGGUCUGAAAGUGGACAAUGCAGAAAGCCCAGGAGAGCAUGGCUUGCUUUUGUUUGUAAGUGGGUGGGAGGCUAAAGUCUGUCCACUCUGCGUUUGAGGUUUUUAACACGUUCCGCUUUUAUGCUGGGGAAGUUUCUGCAUAAGAAGCCUGACCUCUGGGCUCUGCUGGUCAGAUCAGGUGUGCCCCUGAGAAGGGCCAGGCCCCUCCUACCUGCCCUUGGCCACACUCCUCAUUCCCUGGCCUUGCCCUUCACGUUCCCAAGUCCCAGUCUGAAUGGAUGCUCAGGGAACUUCUUUCCAAGUUGGGAUGGACAAGCAUGGCCCUCGAGUAAAGGGGCGUCCCCACAGCCCACAUGGUUGGUCAGUCAGUCACAAAGCUCGAGGGCAGAGGGUCACUUGCCUGCUGCCUGUGGCAGUCAGUCUGGGCUCCUGGGCAGUCAUUCAGGACUUUGGUCAGUGUACUGUGUCCCUUUGCUAUGGUUGCUCUAACGAACGUGGUGGCUUGAAACAACCCAGGUGUAUUCUCUGAGGACACUGAACUGGGUCUCACGAGGCUGGAAUCAAGGUGUCAGCAGGGCUGGUUCCUCCCAAAGGCUCUCAGUGGGAAUCCACUUUAUGGCCUCUUCUCACUGUAGGGGCCACCUCAUUCCUGGGUUUGUGGCCCCUUCUCCAUCUGCAGAGCCGGCAGUGGGUGUUUAAGUCUUGUACUGUCUCCUCUGUGUAAUGAGCCUCGGAACUCACCUAGUAACCCGAGAUGAUCUCCCUGUCUCAGAGUCACAGCUUGUCCGCUCUCCACCUGCACACCUGACAUCUGCGUGUGAGGUGAUAUAUUCACAGGAUGCAGGGACAGGCCGUGGAUGUCUUUGGGGGCUGUUAUUCUGCACUCUCUGUGUCUUUUCCACUCUGAGAACAAAGAGCGCUUCCCUGGGGGGAGGGGUUUCAGGGAAACAGGUGCACCUGAGAAAGGAGCCUCUGUAGCCUCAGGCACAUGCAGGGGUGGCAGGUGGGGGUUGUGUGUGACCAUGGUACUGGGCAGGGCUGGGGGACACCUGGGCUGGGGGUGGGGACCUUGCUGCCACUUGAAGCUGGCAGGGGGAAGCCUCCAUCUAGAAGGGCCCAUCGCCUCCAUCCCCAGUCUUCUCAGGACCUAUGACCCACUGCUCCCACACUUGGGCCUGGGGGACGCACAGCUGGGCUGGAGGUGGAACUGGGAAGGGGUCACCUGGUGGGCGAGCAGGGGGCGAGUGCUCAAGCUAGGCCAGGUCCCAGGGAGCUGGGGAGGAGGGUGGAAGCCACUGAGGGCCCAACCACAGAGGGACAUGAGGUGCUGAGGGAGGGUGGGCCGGCAGUUUCCUAGAUUGAAAGUUUAUGUUUGCUAGAAAGUCUGAAAUAGACAAGAGAGCAGAGAAGAUCAUGAACAGAGUCUGUAGCCCCACAGUCAGGGUGGUGGGCCCCCAAGGGUUGCACACAGGAUCUGUCUCUUGCAGCUUGUGAGGCUAUUGUAGGUGGUUUGGAGUCCUGCUCGUCUCACCCCCUCGUCUCCCAGUGAUAUUAAAUCUGCAGCAUUUCCUAAGGCCUGGGUGAGGAUGCUGUCUCUGGCCGUCCUGUCAUUUCACCAAACCCAGAUAGUCCCUCGUCCUCCUGCCACCCCAGUGCUGUGCUGACCGCACUUGAGUGUGUGCUUUAGAUGGACUCUGGCCAUUUCCAGAGCAGGAGCAUGGGAGUUUUGUUCUUGUUUUUAAAUUUUCUUUGUUGUCUUAAAACAACACAAAUCAUAGUUCUGUAAGUCAGAAGUCAGAACAGUUGCACUAAAGUCUAGGAGCGGCUGAGCUGCAUUCCUUUUGUCAACUCCGUUAGCAUCCAUGGCUCAGCUUCGCCAGCUGUGGAGACGGUCCCCUCCCUCUCAGAGUGCAUCACCCUGACUCUCUCCUGCCUCCCUCCUCUUCCACACCCAAGGACACUGGGCCCACUGGGACCAUUGAGAAUAACCUCCCCAUCUCAAGGUCAUCUGACAGGGCACAGGGGUUUUAAUUCUCGAAGCGCCAGCAUCUCCCAGCAACACGGGGCCCGUCUGCCUUCCCUCCAGAAGGGUCCCCAGCAGCUGAAACCUCCUGGACUCCCAUUUUCUCCUGUCCUUUUCCGUGGUGUAGGCAGAACACAGCUAUGCUCUUGUUGCCGUGGAUGCCAGGCAGGCUGUGUGCACUGUCUCCUCUCCCGCGAACACCGGUUGUGUGCAUCUCUGCUUGUCACUUCCUCAAGCAUCUGGUCAUCAUGGUUUGGAUCUUCCUGUACUCAGAUCCAUCCCUGUCUAAUGUGGCUUUUCUUAGACAGCCCACCCGUGGCACUAACCCCAGCCAGCUCAGCACGGUCCGCCUGCAAGGCGGCUUCCAGAAUCUACCUCUUGGCAUUAGAAGCUGGGCCAAGCCACCCAUCUCGUGGCACCCACUCAGCCCCUCCGUCCACUGGGCUGAGGCUGGGGAGGCAUCUUCCUGCCUGAUUCCAGCUGCUUGCCCCCCACCCCAGGCUCAUCUGAUCCUCACAACCACCUCAAGAGCCUUUCCUUCUCCUUACCUGGGCCUCCCUCCAGGCCCCUUCUUCCUUCUCAGCCACUGCUGCUGAGUUAAGCCAACUUAAAGUGACCCAGUGAUUGAAGAGUGAAAAUCUGACCUGGGUGGGUCUGACUCUGGUAGCACCUGUGGCUGUGGUGUAAAGGCAGAAGGUAAGGCCCAACACCGGUUGUGGCCUUGAUACUGGAACCAGGAGAGCCUCGGAUGGCAAAUCCUUCUCCCUGCACUACUCUGGGGGGUCAGAGCCCCAAGUCCAACCGUCCUCCUUACCAAAGGGUUUAUCCCGCCAAGCCAGUCACAUUCUGCUGUAGGAGCCGGGGGCCACCCAGCCUCUCAUUCAUCAAAGCCUGCCUCCCACUCUGUCUCCAAGUGCACAUGACCCUGCAUGGCACAAGGUCUCCUCCUGGGCCGUGAUUUCAUGUGUCCAGUGUCCGUGUUGUGUAUUCAGCUUCCCCCAUAACCCCAGGGCUGGUCAAACAGAAGAUGGUUGGAAGGUGGGUUCUUGGGUGCACACUGCCCACAUUGGCAGCUGUGGUCCGAGGUGAAGACACUCUGGAGGAAGGGACCAUGCUCCAAAGUCUCUAAGCAGGGUACUGGCCUGAGGUGCGACUUUGAAGGGAGGCCAAAAACUCAGCUGUCAAGAUAGAUCAGACUUAAUACUCUAAAACACAAAAAUGAAUGCAAACAUGUCGUAAAAUGUUAAAUUUUAGUAUAGAGACUUUUAACAGCUUUAUGGAGAUAGUCAUGUACCAUGCUAUUCACCCAUUGAAAGUACGAUCCAGUGGUUUUUAGUCUGUUCCCAGAGCUACGUCUCUAUCACCACAAAUUUAGAAUGAUUUCACACGAUUCCCAAAAAGCACAUUCGUGUCAGCAGUCCUCGCCCAGCUCCUCAGUCACCAAUCUCCUUUCUGUCCCUUUGGAUCUAUCAGAGCUUCACUCCUUUUUUGCCACCAAGUAAUAUUCCACUUGUGCAUUUACCACAUUUUGUUUAUCCAUUCCUAAGGUGUUUGGGCAGCUUGCAUUGUUUGCACUCUUUGAAACUGUGAAUAGUGCCACUAUGAACAUGAAUUCAUGUACAGGUGUUUGUGUGGACAUCUGUUUUUAUCUCUCUUGGGCAUAAAAUUUUAUUAGAAGUGGAAUUACUGGUCGUAUAGUAACUCUACAUUUGGCCUUGUGAUGACUGUUUUCCAAAGGAUUUGCACCAUUUUACAUUCGCACUAGCAAUGUACAAGAUUCCAGUUUUUCCACAGCCUCCCCAAUACUUGUUACUGUCUUUUUUAUUAUAACCAUGCUAAAGGUGUUACUCAAUGUUGUCUGGCUCAAAAAUCAAUAGGAGAGGCAAUGUGGAUGGAAAGGAAAGUAACUUUUAAUCAGAAUGCUGGCAGUCUGGGGUUAGGGUCCCCAAAAUACCAUCCCCGAGGAUUCUGCUCAGCAAUGGAAGUUUUCAAAGAAAAAAUAGGGAAGUGAUCUCAGUUGCUUAUUGAGAUGAGGGUCAGAGUCCUCACCACCUCCCCCUGCCACGUGCAGGCUUUUCAGUUCCUUGUGAAUUUCCAUAGGUGCAAUCUUGUUCACAGUGUGUUCCCAAGAUGACUGAAGGGGGACUUAGGGACGAGAUCUGGUCAUCUGUUAAUUACUUACUCUCCAUUUCUACUUCUUUGAUCUGCGGGAAAAGACCAAAAGGUAGGCAAGGGAUUGUGUGGUCAGAAGACGUGCAAGGUGUGCUUGGGCCAGAGAUGGGCGGGGUGUGAGGUGCCAGGUUUAAGGUCAGUGGCAGUAUAGUUCUGCUACAGUGACCAGAAGAGGGCCUUCUCACUGGGGUGGUUUUCCUGCAAAGAGCUGCUUAUCUGGUGGCUGUUAACAGUAUCUGUAUAACGACUCAGAAAUGUGCACCAGACAGUCUGUGACUCUUGCCCUUUUGUGACUCAGGGAGCUUUGGAGGCCACCUUUUCUAUAAACAAGAACAGGGUUGGGGGGGCCCCACAGAGUCCUGCUCGGUUUCAAAGGGUAUGAAGUCUGAUAAAGAGGUUUUAUAGAAUCCACCUGUCUAAUCAUAAAUAAAUUUAGAAAUAAAAUGACAAAAACUAUUGAGGAGGGAGGGUAUACUCAGUGGUAGAGUGCAUGCUUAGCAUACACAAGGUCCUGGGUUCAAUCCCCAGUACCUCCGUUAAAUAAACAAACCUAAUUACCCCCCCCAUUUUUUUGUGACAUUAAAAAAUUUCUCAUAAUGUCCCAAUGAACUAUCAAAAAUAUCUUUUUAAAUUUCUCAUCAUGCAUAAACUAUGAGUAUUCAAUAAAGUAUCAAAAAAUAAACUAUUGACAAUUAAGAUAGUCUCCUGAAAAGAUCUCUGGGUCGAAGAAGGAAUGAGUAUUUCCCUGCUAAUGACUGUUGCCGGCUGAAAUUGCCAGAUCAAGAAUGAAACCCCAAAUCAGACUGUCUGGCUGUACAAUCUAUUUGCUCGUUUCUGUGUUCCUGAUAUCAAACAAGGAAAGAGUCUUUUUAUAUUUUAAACAGAGGUACUGGGGUUGAAGCCAGGAGUUAGUGCAUGCUGAGCAUGGGCUCUAGCACUGAGUUAUACCCUCUCCCUAAAUCCCACCUUAAAGUUCAUGCCUACUUUGGCCACUCUCUCUCAGCCCAGGGCAUUUGUAAGAGUUACUCUCUCUUAUAGUUAAUGACUGUUUACAUCACGUGUACCCCAUGCAAACUACCACGUGCCUUCUGCCUCCUGAUUGGACACUGGCAGGUCCACCCACUACCCGCAGCCGGGACAAACAACCAUGGACUUUCAUGCAGUGAAAUACUAAGUACACAGCGACGACCAGGAGUAAGGGGUUGCCACGGGCAAACACACUGUGGAAUCUCAGACUCAGAGUCCACACUGUGUGUUUACAUGAAGUUCAAAAACAAGCAGAGCUAAUGUGUGGUUACGGUUGUGUUUACCCUCAGGGCGUGCUACCUGGGAAAGCCCUGCUGAGUCUGGAAGUGGGCAAGGGGGCUGUGUCUUUUUCUGGAGGUUGGGAGACUCUUCUGGGGUUGGACAAAGGACAGAGGUGAUGAUGUGGGGCUGCCAGUGGGCAAGAGGCCCCAGGAAUCUGCACAGCUGAGGUGGGAGACGCCCUGUCAGCCGAAAGGGCUUUGUCUCUUUGUUUCUAUGUAUUCCUUGUGCUCAACAGAGCUGGGCUUUGCUGUGUCUGUUUAAGAGCGUUUGCUCUUGUCCGGCGAGCCUGCCCUUUCUACAUUUAUUUCUGAUAAAUUCCACCAGAGUUACCUGGUCUCAGUUUGGUCAUCUUGUUCCACGCACUUCAUCAGUUCUGAUGCACGCUGUGCCACGUUUUAACACCUCUGGACUCGGAUGUGCCUGAGGACUGAACAUGUGUCCUAGUCUGUGGUGGUGCUUGGCCUCCUGGAAAUGCCUGAGCGCCAGACCCCCGACCUGAGAGUCACCACGAGCGAGCUUGCUCUCCAGUCGUCAGGCAGCUGCCGCCAGGUUCCACUUUGUGGCCCGCCUUUUGUUCUGUGCUUCCUAUCCUGUGUUUGGGUUUUCUUCCUGGUAACUUGGAAGAUGCAAGUGGGCAUCCCUCAGUCCACUGAGGGCCUUAAUAGAACAACAGUCCUUGGAAGGAAGAAUUUCCCCCUUUUUUCCCUGUCUCACCACUUGAGCUGGAAUGUCUCAUCUCCUGCCCCCAGGGUGGGUUUACAUGAGGGGCCACCCUGGUUCUCAGGCCUUUGGAUGCGAUUGGAAUCGCACCACCGGCUUUCCUGGGCCUCCAGCUUGCGAGGGUAGACCAGAGACCACUUGGCCUCCAUAGUCUCAUGAGCCCAUCCCUCAUAGUAAAUCUCCUUCUAGGUAUAACCUGUUGCAUGUGGAAAACUCACUCUGCGCCAGGCAUGAUUUAUCCCCUAGGCCAAUAAGGGCUGCUGUUCGUGGGACCCGCUGGUCCCCCGCAGGGGCACUCACCACACCCUGCUGGGACCCCUGCACCAGCAGCCCCCUCCAGAGACCCCACCUCUCACUCCUCUUCCUCUGCCAGGGGGGUUUUGAGGGGAGGGAAGGCAGAGCUGGGGAGAAGUCCUGACACACAGCUAGUGCUCUGGUCUAAGUGUAUGUGUCCCCCAAAAUGCAGAUAUUGAAACCUAGUCCCCAGCAUGGCGGCAUGUGGAGCUGGGCCUUUGGGAGGUUAUUCAGGCAGGAGGGCAGAGCCAUCCUGAAUGGGACUAGUGGUGCUCUUGUAAGAGAGACCCCAGAAAGUUCCGUUGUCUUUUCCACCACAAAAGGACCCAUUGAGAAAAUGGCAUCUAUAAACCGGGAAGCAGGCUCUCACCAGGCAUCCAAUCUGCCUGAACCUUGAUCGUGGACUUGCCAGACUUCAGAACUGUGAGAAAUAGAUUUCUGCUGUUCAUAGGCCACUAAGUUGAUGGUAUUCUGUUAUAGUAGCCCAAACGACUUA